CGACAUUCGACAAGCAUCCAUUUUCGACAAGUGCCGUGAAUUUUGAGAAAAUCUGGCUGCAAAAAGUGCGUGAUUCCGUAUCAAAUAGUGUUAAGCGUGGUACGCUCACUGUUCGGUUGAAAAUGUGAUAGAAGUUUUCCCCAAAGGGUACCGUGAAUCAGCAGAAAAAGGGAUCCAAAAUCGGGGUGGAAAAUUCGGAGGCUUCGAUCGUAUUGCUUCUUUUUCUUUGUUGCGGUGCGGGCAGCUUUCCGCCUCGGGGUGUUUAUUGGUGUUGGUGAGCUCCACAAAUUUGUUUGGGCGACGAGUUGUCACGAAUACCAGCGCACGCUUGCGUGUUUUGGAUUUUUUUUUGGAAAGUGCGAUUUUUUCUUUUUUGUUUUCCUCUUUUUCUUGUUUGGCAGUGAUGAAACUGUUUACAAUCAGCACUGUGACAAACCGAUCGAUUUUUCCCGUGGUUUUUCUUUCGGGAGAAACUGUUUAAAGGAAUUUGGGGGUACCGUUGAUACAGGAUCGAAUAUCCUCUGUGUCGUUUUUUGGCUUGGAGAAACAACUAACGAUGAGUUCGGCCGCUGACGAUUCAGCAGGGGCCGGAACAUCUUCGGGAAGUUCAGCUGUGGCCACCUCGGCGGCAUUGGAAGCGCUCAAGAUUCGAGAUGACCUGUUCAAGGCGACCAAGUGUUAUGUCACGGGAACGCUGGAUCCGAAGAUUUCAAAACUGCUCGAAGAUGGCGGAGCAUCGAUUUCUAAAUUUAUGGACUUCAGUACACACGUUAUUUGUGGUUCUAAUUACGAUGAAAAUGAUAUCACUCAGGCGGCGGAAUUGUACGAGGUGCCCUCGGUAACGGAGGAGUGGGUUUUUGCGUCGAUGCGAUUGGGUCGGUUAGCCUCCACAAAGGCUUACUUUCCACUCAAAACGGCGCUGUUUAGUAAUCUCGUUUUCGCUGCCACUCAGCUAGAUAAUCGGGACCUUAAAAAGCUCUACGCUAUCGUCACUUUUCAUGGGGGUGUUUUUCGAAAUCAAUUGGAUAAACAAACUACCCAUCUGAUCAGCGGAAAUACAAAAGGUUCCGUCUAUACCAAAGCUGUUUCCGCAGGAGGGAUUUCUGUCGUCACGCCGGAUUGGGCCAUAGAGUGCGUGAAGGCAAAUGGAAUUCUGCCAACGGAUACUUUCCAUCCUCGAUUGAUUAUCACGCCCAGAAUUUUCAAACAAGUUCAGCAACAGCAACGUCCUCCCACUCCAGUGCAGAAAAUGGAAACAGACAAACCCUUAGCUAGCAUCAUUGGCUUCGAUUUCGAGGAAAACUUGGCGAAAACUGAACUUCCUACGAGUGGUAACUCCAAAAGGCAAGAGGAAAGUAUUGGACAAACAACAGUUGCGCAAGAAAUUCGAAAAACUGCACCACAACAUGUUCCUUCACAGCAACAGCAACAGCUUUCGACUGGAGGUCCCCGCAUGGUGAGACCACCUCAACAAGUUCAAAUUCAACAACAACAGCAGCAAAUCCUUCAGCAACAACAACAACAAAAGCAGCAGCAGCAAUUACAGGCUCAAAUUCAACAGCAAUCGCAAACCACGAAUCGUCCACAAGGACCAGGUACCAGUCAAAUUAUUUCCCAGCAACAGCAAAAUCAAAUGUUGAUGCAAAACCAACAAAUAUUGCAACAACAACAACAGCAGCAGCCGCAACAACAAAUGCAACCUCCGCAACAGUUGAACACUCAGCCAUCAAUGGGGCAGCAGCAGUUUCAAAAAAUUCCAAUGCAGCAACAGCAACAAUUACAACAGCAACAACAACAACAACUUCAGCAGCAACAACAAUUACAUCAACAGCAGCAGCAACAACAACUUCAGCAAUUGCAACAACAACAACAACAACAGCAACCUCAGGGUCAACAAUCGAUCCAGUCGCAAAACGUCAUUCUUCAGCAAAUCCAGUCGCCUCAGCAGCAACAACAAAUACAGCAGCAGCAGCAGCAACAACAACAGCAGCAGCAGCAACAACAACAACAACAGCAGCAAAUUCAACAAAUGCAGCAACAGCAGCAAUUACAACAGCAGCAUCAAAUCCAGCAACAACAACAAUUACAGCCGCAGCAACAGCUACAAAUUCAGCAGCAACAACAACAGCAGCAGCAGCAACAACAACAACAACAAAUGCAGAUUCAACAACAAAUCCAACAGCAAACGAGUCAGCAACAACUACAGCAACAGCAAAACAUCCAACAACAAACGUUGCAGCAACAGGUGCAACAUAACGUUAACCAAAUUCAGCAGAAAAUGGCUCAACAGCAACUGCUGCAACAGCAACAAAAACAAAUGCAGCAACAGCAAAUGCUUCCACCUCAGCAGCAGCAGCAGCAACAACAAAUUUUACAACAACAAAUCCUCCAGCAACAAUCCCAGGGUCAACCACCACAGCAACAACAACAACAACUCCAGCAACAACAACUACAGCAGCAACAAAUCCUACAGCAAAUGCAACCAAAUGCUCAGAUUAUUCAGCAAGUUAUUCAACAAUCCCCUCAACAGCAACAGCCCGGUCAGUUGAAACCGAAUAUCCAGGUUGUCUUCAAGGGUGGUCCUCAAGGACAACCUCAACAAACUCAGCAGCAACAACAACAGCAACAGCAAAUAUCUCAACAGCAACAAAUUCAACAGAUCAUGACCAAUUUGACGGCAGGCGUUGAAGGAGCCAACCAACAACAACAGCAAAUACAACAGCAAAAAAUAAUCCGACAAAUAACCAUCAAUCAAGGACCGAUGCCCCCGGGAAGUCAACCGCAACAACAACAAAUUACCCAGGUACAACCACAGCAGAUUCAAAUUGGCCAGCAACAAAUGCAAAUCACUCAGCAACAGAUUCAAUCGAUGCCGAACCAUCAACAACAACAACCGCCCGGAGUUCAGCAGCAAAUGAUGAUCCAGCAGCGUACCAUUUCACAACAGCCUGGGCAAGGUCCCCAGCAGGGCCAAAUGAUUCAGCAGCAAACCAUUCAACAGCUGCCUCCCGGCAGUGGCCAAGGAACGCAACCUAAGAUCAUUCAACAAACCAUAAUUCAUCAACCGAUGACUUCUAGCUAUCAGACAAUUACCAAACAAGUCAUCGUAGGGCAGCCACCCAAUGCCCAACAACAACAACAGGGUCCUCAACAGAAUCCCCAAAUUAUCCAACAGCAAUUACAGAAACCUCUACCAGGUCAACCGCAGCUCCAGCAAUCCCAGCAGCAGCAACAACAACAACAAGGACAACAGCAAAUUGUCCAGCGCAUCGUUCAGCAACAAGUGCUGCAGGGUCCCCCGGGCUCCAAUCAGCCGGGAUCGGUGGUCGGUGGUCAGCCGCAAAACAUUGUCAUCAUCAAUCAAGGCGGUAACCAGCAGCAGAUCAUCACCUCGGGAGCCGGCCCUCUGCCGGGCCAAAUGCAGCCAAUGACCCAACAACAGCGCAUACAGUACAUGCAAAACCUCCAACAGCAAAAGCAAGCGCAACAAAUCAUCGUCAGCGGAGCUGGUCCCGGUGGUCCCGGUCAAGUCGUUGGCCAACAACAGCAGCAGCAAGGUCAACUGAUACAAGCUGCUGGUGGUCAACCUCCUCCCAUGGGACAAAAUAUCGUCCAAAUUCAACAGCGUACUAAUCAACCGCCAAAUGUGCAACAGCAACAGGGAGGUAUCAUGGCCCCCGGGCAGCAACCGGUCUCUCAGCAGCAAACCAUCGUAGUGCAACAACCCAUGGGUGGUCCCAAUCAACAGCAACAACAAGCGAACAUCGUUCAGCAACAGAUGCUCGCUCAGCAACAACCGCAAAACCAACAGCAACAGCAACAAUUAAUUAUUCAGCAACCUCUGCAAGGUGGACCUCCAGGUCAACCGCAGCAACAGAUCAUUCAGCAAACUCUGUCAACCAGUGGUGGAACAGUCCAUCAGCUAUUGCAACAACCAGCCGGUCAAGCACCAGGGCCCGGACCAACUAUUCUCCAGCAACAAAUCAUCGGUCAAUCGCCGCAACAAAUGGACGGUACACAAAUAAUACAACAAACCGGUCCAGGAGGUGAAAUUAUUCAACAACAGUUGAUCCCAGGGCAGCAACCAGGACAGUCCCCACUGCAGCAGUCACAACAAUGGACUCCGCAAAGUCCUAUCCAGCAGUCGAAUCAACAGCAACCGAAUCAAUCGCCGAUGCAGCAAUUCCAACAGCAGCCCCAAGGAAUACCGCCAGGGGCCACAAUCAUUCAGCAAACAAUAGUUCCUCCUGGACAGGCUCCCUUAGCUCCUGGGCAGCCUGGUGGACCUCCACAAUUCGUUCGAUCUGCGUUGAGACCGCAAAUUCAACGACAGUACAUUCAACUGGAUCCGCAAACUCAUGCCACACUUCAAAAACUGGACCCAGCCAGUAGGCAAGAAUAUAUCGAUCGACUUCAAGCGAAACAGCGCGUUUCAUUGCAGAGACAACAACAGCAACAGGCUUCUUUCCAGGGUGUUCGACCUGGUCCACCUGGAGUUCAACCUGGCGUUCGGCAACAGCAGAUAAUCUAUCGCGGGCCAAUGCCUCAGGGACUGACUCAACAACAGCAAAUACAAUGGAUUCAGCAACAGAAUGCUCGCCAAGGUGUUGUUCGUCCUGGUGCUCCGGGUAUGCCUCCCGGUGCACAGAUGGCACAGUUUCAGGUAGAUCCAAAUGCGUCCCCUCAACAACAGCAACAACAACGCAUGCAGCAGCAUCGACUUCUGCAGAUGCAACUACAACGCGAACAAGCUCAAAGGGGUAUUCAAGGUCAACCUCAACAAGCAGGCCAGGCAGUAUCUCCCAGAGGAGCCGGCUUUCCUCCGGAUGUCGUAGUUGGCGAUGGAACAGCCACAAUUGUGCAGCAGACCAUCGUCGGACCGCCAUCGAUUGUCGAUCCCAAUGUUCCUCCAGGGUCACAACAAAUGAAAAACCAAACGAAAACAGCUUUGGCCAACAUGCUGAGCAAUCGUUUGGGUGCGAACGGAAACGUAGUUCCCGCCAUGCCUGAAGCAGCUGCUGAACCUUCUGCUGCCGGAACACUUCGAUUGAUGACUGCUCAGCACAAUGCCGCCUUGCAACAAACUAUGGCACCGCGUACUCCCCAAGAUUUGAUGGCCCUGCAGCAGCAACAACAGCAACGGCGAACACUCGGCAACAUCACCAAUUCGGGUGCCCCAGUCGGAGCUAUUGUUCAACAGGGUCCUCCUGGAACUUCCGUGCCCCAGUCACCUUCAACUAUGAAGGGAGCCCCACCAUUCAGUCCAGGCCGUGCCCCGUUACCCCGACCACAAUACUAUGGACACAAUCCAAAUCUCAAACUGCAUCCCGAACUGUUUCUGCUGGGCUGUACUUUCUACAUCAUCGAAUACGAUGAAACUCACAAAAAUGAUAUCGAAGAUUGGAAAACUAUUAUCAAGAAACACGGGGGUGAAAUAGAACAAUACUACAGUCCAAAGGUAACUCAUGUGCUUUGUCGAACCCAGCGCCAUGGGGUCGUAAUGCAAGCCAUCCGUGAUGCAAAACGUUGCAUCACGUCUUAUUGGUUGAACGAUAUCGUACUCAAGAAACAGUUGUUGCCUCCGUGGCAAGCUCUUCACCUUCCAACGCCGUCAAUUUUCGGCACGCAAAAACCAGCCACCAAGCAUAACAUGUCCAUUACCGGAUUCGAAGGCGAAGAACGUCAACGUAUCAAACAGAUGAUCGAGGAAUCGGGCGCCCGAAUGACACCCUACUUCAGCAAAUCGAAUACGGUGCUCAUCUGCAAGCGUAUCGACAACCAAAAAUAUAAGUAUGCCAAAGAGUGGAACACCCCAACGGUCAACACGGUUUGGCUGAGUGACAUCUUGCUAGGCAACCUGAGCGCUAUGCAACAAUGCGAUGGACCCAAAUACCAACAGUUCAGCCUGAACAGCCCUUUUCGGAUCGAUUACAACUUGGUCGUGCAUUUAAUGGCGGCGUGGAAAGCACCCAUCAAUCUGACGCCGGAAUCUCACGAACGGGUUAAGAGAAGCCUAUUGGAACCGCCACAGCCGACAACACCUCCCAAGAAAAUGCGCACACUGCCCCCGCUGGAACCGGUUCCAGAUGAAAUCACAUGCCAGCGGCAGCCGGACCCCGACAACAUUCCCCACGUACUGUUUUCGCAGGUCGACAACAUCGAGGGUUUGACGCGGGCUGUCAUAACCCUGGGGGGUCGUAUGGCAAGUGGUCCGGCUGAUGCAACACACCUCAUCAUGACCCGAGUGGCCCGAACUGUGAAACUGGUUACGGCACUCACAACCAUUAAGCAUCUGGUGGCGAGCAAAUGGAUCACGGACAGUGCCUCGGCAGGAUACUUCUUGCCGGUGGAAAACUUUCGGCCUGAUGUGAAGGAAUUGGACGAUCUGUUCAAGUGCGAGCUGUACAAAGUGCUGGAAACUCCCGGUCGAGGUAAGUUAUUCGAGGGGAAGAUAUUUUUUAUUACACCUCAGGUGAAACCAUCACAUAAGGAUGUAAAACAGAUGAUCGAACUCAGCGGAGGGGUGGUGGAAAAAACUAUUCGUUCGAUUAAAAAAAUUCGGGAGGCGAAUCUGGAAAAACCGGGCUGUUAUGUCGUCGUGGGCUGUCCCGAGGACCGCAUACUGCUGCAGCCAUUCAUCCAGAAGAGCAAGCACGGGGCAUGCCAGAUUUGCACGACCGAAUACGUGAUGCAAUCUAUACUGCAGCAAAAGCUCACGAUAGAACCACACAUUAUAAAGUGGGAGCUUGGUUCAUAAGGCGUGUACAUAAAUUUUAUGUUGGUUUAAGUUUGACAGCAAAGCAAUAGCAUUCGUAAGGAAAAGAUUGAAUUCCGAUGGGUACUAAUGGUUUACAAAGGUAUUGAUUAUGUGAAGGAAACAAGGAAGAUUUAUUAUGAAACAUAAAUAGAAGAUCAUAAAUCUAUAUCAUGAGGAUAUAUUUUCAGAUGUGUAUAAUAGUACGGUUUGAAUUUUGGAAUAGUAAGAAUAAAUAUGUUGAACAUUUCUCGUAGAAAUCAACUGAACGAGUGCAUUUUACCAGUUCCCAGAUACGUAUCCUAUGGCACUUUAUAACGAAAUCUAACCCCAAAGUAUAUUUCAUAGGCAUAUAUAUCGCAUAGUCAUAACAAACAAGUGCACGAUACUAACAGUGAAAUUUAUUGGACACAUGCUUAUAUAUAGAACUAUAAUAUCCAAA